AUGUCUUCAGAAUCGAUCACUUCGGAAACGGCGGAGGCGUCGGAAGCGGUGGGGUCGAAACCGCAGGCGUCGGAACUGGUGGCGUCGGAAGCGGAGGCGUCGGUAGCGGAGGCGUGGGAAGCGGAGGCGUCGGUAGCGGGGGCGUCUGAAGUGGCAACUCCGAAACCAGCGGUGACAUUGCAACCAGCAACAUCGUUGUCGCCGGUUGAAGGUUCACUGACGGCGGCAUCUGGGUUGGCCAAGGCAGCGACAAACUCGGUACUUACCUCAUUCGUGCCGUCUCGCAUCCCCAAACCAAGCGGUCAGAGAACGUUGUUCGUGAAAAGCCGCGCGGCGGAGGGUUCGACGCUGAUUCCGCGGCCCGCAGGAGCCACUGCAGCAGAACGGCAGGUGCGCGGACGAAGGAGCUCCAAAGACACGAAGCAGCACGAGGGGAGGAGCGAUGCGAUUCCCGCGGCUUCUAAGCAGCUUCGUACUGGAUCAUCGUCCGCGCUAGUGCGGUCUGCAAGCUCCCGGCAAGCAGCAGAGUCAGGACUACGACUCCAGCGGGAUGAAGAUGUGGGGAGCACAGAAGCAGAGCCAGAAGCAGAUCGCAUCAGUGGGGUGGUGGUUGGGAGGUUGGGGAAGUGGGAUGAAGUGCGCUCCCAGAGGGAUGGCUCUGGUCCGGUGCGCUCCCUAAGGGAUGGCUCUGGUCCGGUGCGCUCCCUAAGGGAUGGCUCUGGUCCGGAGCGCUCCCAAAGGGAUGGCUCUGGUCCGGUGCGCUCCCGAAGGGAUGGCUCUGGUCCGGUGCGCUCCCAAAAGGAUGGCUCUGGUCUGGUGCGCUCCUAA